ACGACUCCGAGCUGUUGCUCUAAAAUAUUCAUCAAAUUCAAAUAACGCUCUGAAACAAAUAGAAUUAAGACAGAGGCGAAAAUAAAACAGAAUGUUGAUCGAAACACAUCUAACUGUGUAAUUGUUAUCGUGCGGUUUAAAGAUAUCUUCAUCAUUGACAAAGAAAAUAUAUUCCAGACCUUUACGAGUAACUAUGAAUUUGAAGAAACUUACUCCCGACAUUUAAGAUGACACUGAGUUAUAGAUUGCUGGUAGUCGUGGGUCUGUGUUGGCUGCUGCAGCUUGGUUCGUCCAACAUAGACUGUCGGACAUCCUGCCGCAGGUGCAGAGAGAACUUGGAGGACCCUGAGCUGUUGGAGGUGUACUGCGCCAUGUGUGACGAGUGUAAGGAGCGUAGGCGGGAAUGGGUCCAGGGCGGGCCGAAUAUACGACUAAGGAAAGACGAGCAGGAUGAGAGCGAACAAUACGAUCACCAGGAGCAACAGGAAACUCGUAGCACUCAAGACGAUUGCCUCCCUUUGUGUGAGGACGAGUGUGAGCCGACUCCUGCGAUGCUGACGGGCGAGCCGGAGACGACCACGACGACCACUACCACGACCACCACAACCCGGCGGCCCUGCGUCACCAGGCCCCGGUGCCCGAAGCCUUGCCUCAUGCCCAUGAUGCCGUUCAUGCCGAUGUGCUCAAUGUGCAACAUGAACCAAAUGACCACUCCUCAUCAUGAGAACGUCGACCAGCCAAGCACGGGCUCUAUGUACUUAUAUCUGGGUAUACCAAAGAAUCUUACAAACGAAAUAAAGUUGGACCACGAUGGAGUCCCAGUCUAACGUUAAUAAAUUUCCUCUGUUUAAAUG